GCGAGUGCAGCGGCUGCGAGCCUCGUCCUCGCCGCUGGCACGGACGGCAAUCCGCCAACCUUUAACUAGUGGAAUAGUGGAUGUGUCUCCACUCCGCUAUUAGGUGGUGGUGGGUUUGACUCAGCAGCCUUAGUUGACAAUCGCACUUGUUUUCUAUGUAUAAAUCAUGUAGUCGCUACCCGGAGACUCCGCCGAAUCGAAUUUCGUAACGGGAUGGAGACUGUUGGAACUCAUGUUGCCAAUUCGGAAGAGACGGAAUUGAAAUCCAGUUAUCGUGAUCAUGUUUCGAAUCUUUCUCUUGAUAUAGGAGGUUCUCUAAUAAAGAUGGUUUACUUCUCAAGUGGCAGUAGCUCCUCCUCCUCCUCUGAUGAUGAUGAUGAUGAUGAGAAACACAGCUAUUUAAAGGAUGGAAUUAACACAUCCAAUCAUGAUGGCUCCAGGGGGAAACUUCACUUUCUCAAGUUUGAAACCAGCAAAAUCAGCGAAUGCAUCAAGUUUAUAUCUUCCAAGCACCUUCAACACUAUGGUGAACUGGAUGAUAAGGACCUUGCCAGUGACGAAAAUAUUGUUAAGGCCACAGGUGGCGGGGCAUUUAAAUUUGCUGAUUUAUUUAAAGAAAAGCUAGGUAUCGUUCUGGACAAGGUUGACGAAAUGAGCUGCCUUGUUGCUGGAGCUAAUUUCCUACUUAAGGCAGUGAACCAUGAAGCAUUUACCUAUACGGAUGGCCAGAAGGACUAUGUCCAGAUUAACCACAAAGAUCUGUACCCUUAUCUCCUAGUCAAUGUGGGGUCUGGAGUCAGCAUGAUCAAGGUAGAUGGUGACAACGAUUUUGAGCGAGUCAGUGGAACAAGUGUUGGUGGCGGCACAUUCUGGGGUUUGGGAAGACUUUUAACCAAGUGCCAAAGUUUCGAUGAGUUGUUAGAACUGAGUCGCCAAGGAAACAACAGAGUGAUAGACAUGCUUGUUGGAGACAUAUACGGUGGAAUGGAUUACUCAAAGAUUGGUCUUACGUCAACGGCAAUUGCUUCUAGCUUUGGCAAGGCAAUAUCAGAGAAGAAAGAACUUGAUGAUUACAGACCCGAGGAUGUAGCCAGGUCCCUACUAAGAAUGAUCUCAAACAAUAUCGGACAGAUCGCUUACUUGAACGCAUUACGUUUCGGAUUGAAGAGGAUAUUUUUUGGAGGAUUUUUCAUUCGAGGACAUGCGUACACAAUGGAUACAAUUUCUGUUGCAGUUAAUUUUUGGUCAAAAGGUGAAGCAAAAGCUCUAUUUUUGAGGCAUGAAGGGUUUCUUGGGGCAUUGGGAGCUUUCAUGAACUAUGAGAAAAAUGGAUUUACAGACAUCACUCAUCAAUUUAUGGAUCAAUCCUGCGAAAACUCGAACCUAACCCCAUAAUAUAUACAGUAGUAGGUUUUAAGAUACAGAUGCUUGAGAUCACCGGGGUAGUAGUUUACAUUAAAUUUUCUUUCAAAUUAAUCAAUAUGAUGGCUUCCCCUUUCUUCUUGUUGUAAUAUUUUUCCUAUGAAUUUGUAUUAAAAAAAGUUACUGUAUCCUUAAUUUGAACUUUGUUGAAGAGGUGUAUUAUUAUAUGUAAUUUUUGGGGAUAUGGAUAAUUUGAUUUUGCAGUA